AAACUGCAAAGGGAUCCUACCACUUUUCAUUUUGGAUUCAAAGCUAGAACCAACUGUGUCGCCGUCAGUGAUGAAGGCUUUAACUUCACCAGAGUCUCCCAGGCAGAGGAGUAACAGAAGGAUCUCCAAACCCGUGAUGGAGAAACGCAGACGUGAGCGGAUCAACACCAGCCUGGAGACAUUACGAAUUCUGAUGCUGGAAAACUUCCAUGAUGAUAGACUGAAAAAUCCAAAGGUGGAGAAGGCAGAGAUUCUGGAGAGUGUGGUGAACUUCCUGCAGUCAGAGGUGGAGAUGGACAAGGGUCACCGGGCCAUGAACAGAGUCCUGACCCGGGAGCAGAGGCCGACCUCCGACCGCCAGCACAACUACCGAGACGGCAUGAGGUCCUGCCUGCUGAGGGUCAGCCACUUCAUCUCCAGCAAGAGCCAGGAAUUAGACCAGACCGAUGAGGGGGCAGGUCUGGCUCCCCAACCCCAGAGACACCCUGCAUCUCCCGGACACAUCCUCAAGACACAGGCCUCUCGGUCUCCUCAUCCGGUCCACCAUCAUAGCCAAAACCCUCAUCCAUCAUUCGGCACCGAGAGGACCAGCAUGCACUGCGACACCCGGGAGCUGUUCUCCUCCGCCGCAGACUGUGCGCACAUCCCGGAACCUGUGUGGAGGCCCUGGCCGCAGUAACAGACUCUUUGACUCCGAUUCUAUUUUUAAAAGAUGCCAACAGACUGUGUAAAUAUGCAUUUUGUUGUACAGCCUGCAAUCUUUUGUACAUUGAUGAUAUUUUCCAUGAAAACAAAUGAUCCCAUUUAAGGAUCCACAUGUGGCGUUUUUUGCCGUAAGAUUGACUUUUUGGCAUGCGCGUCAUAUUAUCCUUUUUUUGAUAAAUAUGAGAUGUUUUUACGCAGCAGUGUCCACACAUGUUUUGUUUAUAUGAGAUGAGCCCUAUGUUUGGUGUUGCUUAAACACGUGCGUAAAAUGCGCAAAAACAACUUGGGUGCCAUUCUAUUUUUCUUUUCUUUGCUCUGAUAUUGUACAUAUAAGAGACAUGGAGUUUAUUCUAUGAUUGUGCUUGCUGAAUUGUCUGUUCCCAAUUGCAAUAAAGCACACCUUCCUGAUCAUUCCAAAAAUAA